GACUGUCAGUCUCAAUGCGUGAUACUUGACAGCCCUGUAUGUAGUAUGAUUCAUAACAGACUAGACCCGCCUUGUUGAUCAUUGGUCAGCUGACCGGAAAGAGUCACAAAGACUUCCGCUUUUGGGCUCUCUGAAGAGUGUCAGUGAGCAUGCGCGCUGUCAUAGCAAAGCGGAAGUAAAAUAAGUGAAUAAUAACACGGAACUGUUGACUCGAUUUGUUGUCGAGUUGGAAGUUAAAACAGAUCUCUGAUCAGCCGAAACAUGGCUAUGAACGAAAUUGUUCUGCGGAAAACGCUGUCUAAGAAUUACAAAUACAGAGACCUGACCAUAAGGGAAAUCACUAAUGUGAUGAAUCAGUACAAAGACCUGAAGCCUGUGUUUGACAACUAUGUGUUCAACGAUGGCAGCAAUAGAGAGUUACUGAGUCUUACAGGAACCGUACCAGUGAGCUUUAAAGGAAAUGUCUACAACAUUCCUAUUUGCUUGUGGCUUCUAGACACCUAUCCAUUCAAUCCUCCCAUCUGCUUUGUCAAGCCCACUAGUGCCAUGAUGAUCAAAACAGGGAAGCAUGUUGAUGCCAAUGGAAAAAUCUACCUCCCGUAUUUGCACGAAUGGAAGCAUCCCGAGUCAGAUUUGUUUGGGCUGAUCCAGGUGAUGAUUGUGGUUUUUGGAGAAGAGCCACCAGUUUUUGCGCGGCCCACCGCACAGACAGCUUAUCCAGGAUUUCAAGCUUCUGGUCCACCUAAUGCCUCCUUCUUGCCAAAUACACCAAGCACUCCAUUUGGCCAGAGUUACACUCCUAACCCAGGAGGUUUUCAGGGUUAUCCGUACCCUGCUGCUACUUCUGGAUACCCAGCCACAUCUGGAACACCACAGUAUACUUCCACCACUGCUGGAGGUCCCGGUCGUGAUGCCACCAUCGGAGAGGACACAAUCCGUGCGUCUCUCGUGUCUGCGGUGAGUGAUAAGCUGCGAUGGAGGAUGAAGGAGGAGAUGGAUCGUUCUCAGGCUGAACUGGAUGCUCUCAAGAGGACAGAGGAAGACCUGAAAAAGGGACACCAGAAGUUAGAGGAAAUGGUGUCCAAAGUGGACCAAGAGAUGGCUGAUGUAGACAGAAAUAUAGAGCUGCUGAAGAAGAAAGACGAGGAGCUCACCGCCGCUCUGGAAAAAAUGGAACAGCAGUCUGAGAAUAACGACAUCGAUGAACUCAUCGUGCCCACGGCGCCGCUGUACCGUCAAAUUCUCAACCUGUAUGCUGAGGAGAACGCCAUCGAAGACACUAUCUUCUACCUGGGCGAGGCACUACGCAGAGAUGUCAUCGACUUGGACGUCUUCCUCAAGCACGUGCGACUGCUCUCAAGGAAGCAGUUCCAGUUGCGCGCUUUGAUGCAGAAAGCCAGAAAAACCGCAGGCCUCAGCGACCUCUACUGACCAACCCAACGCUCCACACUUGUCUCCUUGUCUCCUUGUCCUGUCCUCUCUAUUCUAUCUAACUCUACAAUCAGUGCAUUAUCUACACCUCACCUACAACCAGACAAGUGGUAGGUUUCACUUUAUAUAACAUGAUGCUAUUUUAUACUAUUGGACAUGUCGGUGAAGUUUAUACACGCACACACACACACACACACACACACACACACACACACACACACACACACACACACACACACACUUUAUUUAAGAUACCACUUCAAUCUUAAGGGCAUGGGAAUGAAGACAAAUAACUUUUUUUGCAUUACUAUGAUUAUAAAUAUGAAGUGACCUUUUCAGAUGAUUUGUAGUGAUAAUUCUGACAAUCAUAUGGGAGCGGGUUUAAAAAUGUUAUCCUUUUUUUUUUCUUUUCUAGAACAGUCAGCCCUCUUCACAUACUGUAUUACAUACGAGUCAAAGAAAUUUCACAGAAAAUCAGUCAAAGCACUUAUAAUACUAAUGGAUUUAAGAAGGCUCAUAAUUAAUCCACCCUGGCUGUGCAUAAAAAAAUAACACAGUACAUUCCCAAAUAUUGUGUAUUAUUUUAUUUGCUUGAAUGUAUUUUUGCACCCUUUUUGCAUGAUUGGUUUAUACACAAAGAACAUCAGUCAGACCUGUAAUCGGAAAAAAGUUCAUGGAAAUAUUUUUGCUUUGAUUCGUUCAUGUGAUUUUCAUUUAAUUGACGUAAUCAGUCUGAUAGUUACCAGUAUGUUUACAACACAGAAAUCACUCAAAUCUUGGAAGUGACAUAAUGAGUUGCAUAAUAACAUGGCUUGAGCUUUAUAAAUAUUAUUAUUAAUAUUAUUAUUUUUCAUUUUACCUACAUUAUUACUACCAUUAGUGUUUUUAUCGUGUCAAUUAUAUAUAACAGGAAUUAUUUUUGUUAUCGCCUUGUGUACAGUUUGUAUUUUGUUGUUAUUAUUUUUGAUGUAUGUGUUUACUUGAAACUAGGCUGAAAAAGCAAGCACUCAUCCUCUGAUGUUGUGGGAAAGGGAAUAUCCAAAUGGUUCUUCUUAAAUCUUUACUCUACUAUGUAGCGCUCUAAAGAAACUGAAUUAAAAUCAUGAAGUUUGUA